AUGGAGCUUUCCGAGGACUAUACCUGCGUCAUCUCCCACGGCCCCAUCCCGAAAACCACUCACAUAUUCGAUGAUUGCAUCGUCGACGCCUGCUGCGGCGUGUUUACCCUCGAUCCCUCGGUCAAAGAAGCGUCCGACGAUUUCUACCCUUGUGAGAGCGUGAUUAUAAAUUUUUUUAAUUUUUUUAAUUUUACUUUAUUGUGA